GCCGUCGUUUCAUUCAUGGAGGCUCACAGAUCUGGUCUCCGCCGCGUCCUGGUUUUGGCCUUCUGUGUCGCCGGCAUCUGGUCUGCCUACAUCUACCAAGGCGUUCUUCAGGAAACUCUAUCCACAAAGCAGUUCAGUCCAAAUGGCGAGAGGUUUGAGCACCUUGCAUUUCUGAACUUGGCGCAGAAUGUGGUUUGUUUGAUAUGGUCUUACAUAAUGAUUAAGAUAUGGUCAAGUGGGAGUAGUGGUGGUGCACCUUGGUGGUCUUACUGGAGUUGUGGAAUUACCAACACUAUUGGUCCAGCGAUGGGAAUUGAAGCACUCAAGUAUAUUAGUUACCCGGCUCAGGUACUGGCAAAAUCCUCAAAAAUGAUUCCAGUUAUGUUGAUGGGUACUAUAGUGUAUGGUAUAAGAUACACUUUUCCAGAAUACGUCUGUACAUUCCUUGUUGAUGGAGGGGUAUCAACAUUUGCACUUUUAAAGACUAGCUCAAAGACUAUGAGCAAGUUAGCACAUCCAAAUGCUCCCCUUGGAUAUGGACUAUGUUUCCUGAACCUUACAUUUGAUGGAUUUACAAAUGCAACUCAGGAUUCCUUAAAAGCAAGGUACCCUAAAACAAGUGCUUGGAAUAUUAUGUUGGGAAUGAAUUUAUGGGGAACCAUAUACAAUAUGAUUUACAUGUUUGGCUGGCCCAGUGGAAGUGGAUUUGAAGCUGUUCGCUUUUGCAAACAGCAUCCAGAGGCAACAUGGGAUAUUCUUCUCUUCUACUAUUGUGGUGCUGUGGGCCAAAACUUCAUCUUUUUGACAAUAAGCCGAUUUGGCUCUUUGGCCAACACCACCAUUACUACCACUCGCAAAUUCGUUAGCAUUGUGGUAUCUUCUCUGUUGAGUGGAAAUCCGCUUUCAACAAAACAAUGGGGUUGUAUUUGUAUGGUAUUCACUGGAUUGUCAUACCAGAUCUACCUGAAGUGGCAGAAGCUACAACGACUGCAGAAGAGAAAAGCCACUUGAGAAACCUUAAGCAAAUUUGAAUUCACACGUUGGUGUUGGCUUAUUUGCCCAUCAACCAUUGUUAUAUCUUGAUGACCUUAAAAGUUUUAAUGAACUCAAUUUAGAUUUAUAAGAAUUUCAUAGAAAUGUUUCUUUAAUAUAGUUGUAAUUGUACUCCGGGCAAUGUACCAUCCAUCCAUCAUUUGAUCUCAAUGUAAAUGUAGUUCAUAUCUCAUUUCGGAAUGGAAUAAUGGCUAUAUUCAAUUAACAUUACACCCGAUGUAAUUUGGUAUUGAUAAGUGAUAACUCUAAUUGAGUAGAUGCUAUUUUUAAAUAGAA